UCAAGGUAUUCCGAGCGGGUCCGCAAGGCGAGUACGAGCGGCGAAAGCAGCUGGGGGAGCUGCGAACGGGCGACCCGUUUCAGGACGAAACCGUGGGGACGCUGCAGAAGCUGUACGACGUGCUCAUCGGAUUCGGAGGCCACCCCGAGUUCCAACUCCAAAAGAGGAAGCGGCGGCCGGCUUUCUGGUCGCUGUUUAUGCGCAAGCCGCAGAGCCACCCGCCCAUGAGAGGGCUGUACCUGUGGGGUGGCGUGGGCACGGGCAAGACCAUGAUGAUGGACCUCUUCUUCCACGAGCUCCCCGAGUGGAUCACCAAGUCGAGGAUUCACUACCACGACUUCAUGCUCUCAGUGCACUCCAGACUACAGAAGCACAAGGGCACUUCUGAUCCCCUGGAGGUUGUCGCAACUGAAAUCACGUCUGAAACGAGAGUUCUGUGCUUGGAUGAGUUCAUGGUAACAGACGUUGCAGAUGCCAUGAUUCUCAACCGCCUCUUCAAGCAUUUAUUCGACAGAGGACUGGUGCUCGUGGCAACAUCCAACCGCCCCCCAAUACGCCUCUACGAGAACGGGCUUCAACGCGACCUCUUCCUCCCCUUCAUCGCUCUCCUCCAGUCUCAGUGUGUAGUGCAUGAGAUCCAGUCAAUGACUGACUACAGAAAGCUCACAGCGGUGGAGCAGGGAUGGUACUUCACAGGGCCGGGGGCAGCAGCACUGCUGGCGAAGAAAGUGGAGCUGCUGGUGGGAGGGGCGGAGCUGGGCCCUGUGGACGUGGAGGUGCUCAUGGGGAGAAAACUCCGAGUGCAACGAGCAGCCAAGGGAGUGGCGGCAGUCAAGUUCUUUGAACUCUGCGAGGUGCCUCUUGGAGCUGCUGACUACUUCGCCCUCUGCAAGAAUUUUCACACCAUAGCCAUGGAGGGUAUUCCCAUAUUUGGGGCAUCCAACAGAGGGGCAGCGUAUCGAUUCGUUACUCUAAUCGAUGUGAUAUACGAGCACAAGACCCGCCUCGUCUGCUCGGCAGAGGGCACUCCCUUUGAGCUCUUCGAGCGCGUGGUUACCAUCGCAAAUGCGCCACGUAAGACGGCCGCCAGGUCAGCAAGAUCCGAGGAUGCUGAUGUGGCAGUGGACGACGAGCUGGGAUUCGCCAAGGACCGCACAGUCAGCAGGUGA